AAGGCGGAAGUGUUGUUGUUUAGAGUUGGUGUGUCGUUGAUAUACGACAACAGAGACAUGAAGUCAUGAGGAGGAUGAUGUUCGCCACCAAGAAUGAUAAACUAUAGAAGCAAAAGGACUAUACAAUCUAAAGAUUUCUUAUUUGUGUACUAUCUGAAGGAAUAUUAAAAUCAUGGGUAAAGAUCAGGAGUUAUUAGAGGCAGCAAGAACUGGAAGCGUUGCGGUGGUUGAGAAAAUUCUUAGCCCAAAGCUCCGUCCGCGUGUACUAAACCAGGCGAUAGCUUUAGCAAGUAGCUUUCGUCGAGGUGGAGGACCCAACUGUCAGGACGCCUCAGGAUAUACCCCACUUCACCAUGCUUCCCUCAAUGGCCAUGUAGCUGUGGUUAUAACAUUAUUACGAUAUGAAGCCAUGCCAAAUAUUGGCGAUAACAAAGGUAGCACGCCGUUGCACUUAGCUUCUUGGAAUGGCCACUUGGAAAUAGUUCGUCUUCUUAUCUCCAAAGGAAAUAAAGCAACAGUGAACAUACAGAAUCAUGACCAUGACACCUCCCUCCAUUUUGCCGCACAAUAUGGCCACACCGAUGUAGUUGCUUUACUUUUAGAGAAUAAUGCUGAUCCCGUCAUUACAAACAAAAGGGCGGAGACGCCAAUUCACCUGGCUGCACAAUAUGGACGUCUCGAAGCGGUACAACAGUUAUUACGUUGCCAGAGCCUCCUGGAGCGCAUUCCACCUACACAUUCGUUGCUUCAUCUCGCAGCCCGAAAUGGACAUCAUCAGAUCGUCAAGUUGCUGUUAGAUGAAGGCUGCAAUAUUAACCACACAGCUAGACUACAUAACAAUGAGCUUAGCAGCGGAACCCCUCUACACGAAGCUGCCGUGUUUGGCAAGGCUGACGUUGUCCGUGUUCUCCUUGAAUAUGAUGGCAAAUUAGAUGCAAACAUCCAGGAUGCCUCAGGGGAGACAGCCCUCGAAAAAAUUGAAGAACAUCCUUCAAAGAAGUCGGUCAUCAUCAGCGCAUUGAUAAAAGCAUAUAUUAGGAAGGAACCAUUACCAGCAUCAGAGCCGGACCGGCCACCAUCUGUCAACUUAGAGAAUGCCGAUCUCCCCAGUGAUGGCAUACGAUCACGGCACUCAUCAGGCUCUCCAGGUGCCAACACUGCAUAUUCCACUUACCAGAAUGUCUGCUUCUUACAUCCAAGUCCCAGUUCUCCUCCAGCUUCCUGCUCUCCUCCGUCAGUUACAGUAUCACCGGAGCAGUCGGAACCUAGCCAGGAAGAUCCUAAAAUAUCGGAAGACACUGUACCAGAUUUUAUACCAUUAAAACCAACAUCUAAUCCUUUAAAACCACUGCGGCAUCAUGGGUCAGAACCAGAUCUUUACGAGAACGUUGCUCUUCUUCGUAAAAAAUUACCACCCAAAAAGCCUGUGCGCUCUUCUUUUGGAAUCUUUCCAUCAGAGGAUAAUCAAGGCAAAAGUGUCAUUCGUACAGUAGGUCAGGUGGACCAAUCAUUACUUCGCAGUAUCUAUGCAAAAAUUGAAAACAGCGAAAAACAAAAAGUACUUUCAGACACUAGUGAGUCACCGCAGUCCGUUGUACCUGACUGUACACAUUGUGACCUUGAGGAUUCUGGAGAUUAUGCACAACUCAGGACCGAUGCAAAAAUUCCCACAAACAGUGACACAAUAGAGAGGACUCAAUGUAAAAAUGACACACAUGUACAACAACAAAGUCAUCAACAACAAAUAAAUAAUCAACCAUUUAGUAAUCAGCAAACAAAUUUAACAGGAAAAAAUUACCAAUGUGCAGAACAAGAACAUAUAGAUAACAGAAUUACUCAAGGGCAACAAAUAGAUCAAAGUCCACAACAUCAGAGAAUUUUAAAUGAUGAAGAAUAUCAACAAAAUAAUCACUAUCAAAACAAACAUCAUCAUCACCAACAAGAGAAGCAACAUCAACAUCACCAGUCCAAAGAAAAAGGAAAUGUUCCUGAAAAGCAGAGAGAACAGUGUAAAAAGCCUCAGAGACAGAAAACGGCGGAUGCAAAGAUACCAGUUGCGGCACCCAGGGGGUCGAUACGCAAGCCCGAACGAAAAGCUGACGAAAUAGAUGAUGAUUCUACUAAUAGUAAAACUAGUCACAGCACAGAUUUUGAACCUCUAACCCAACCCUCCGACGAGGUCCUCUAUGAAAGCCUUUCUCAAGCACUCAGUCACCCUUCAAAUGAUCAGGUACAAGCUGAGCAGACAGCAGAUUUUCAGCAGACGACGCAUCUUCCUGGUCACCGAUCAAGGUUAUCAACAGCCUCAUGCUCAUCUACGUCCUCAGUCUCCGAGUAUGAGCUUCUGUGCGAAGCCUCCACUGGUAGUACAUUUAGACCGACAUCGGAGCAGAUUGAAACUGAAGUGACAGGCUUUGAGAAACUCUGCCUUCGAAGACAAGAAACGUAUGAGAGUUCAGGCGUUGGAUCACUGUGCACCAACUCAGACAGCUUGUACAUGACGAUGAAGCCAGUCACAUGGGAAGAAGGCAUGGAUGACGAUGGUAGGGCGCCCUCUCCAACUACUCCAGAUAUUCCACCUCCUUCCCCAAACACAGCAGCCCAAGGGAUUCAUUCCAAGUUAUUGCCAAGAUCGAGUUGUGAUUGUGAAGGAGUGUGCAUUAACGCAAGGCAAGUCUACCGUGCUCGUGAACAGACCUUCGAUUCCGCAGUGUCCCUGCUAACGACCGAAAGCGAGGCAUCUUUCGACAGGAGGACGUCAUACGACGAAUCUUAUUCAACCGACAGCAGUGAUCCAGAUAUCCUAAAACCAGACGAACAAGACCCGUUUGCAGGACUUAUCUAUGGGUCCCUUCGUGGUAGCAGAACAUUUUCCGUAGCCGCAUCAGACCGGUUCUCAAUUGCAUCUUUGGAACGUUCACUCGGCUCUGACAGCGGACAGCAUCGUUCAGUGUUAAGUAUGGAGGAAAUUUACAACAGCAUGGCUUCGCAAGGCAACUCGGAUGAAGAAAACAAUGAAGACUGGGCAAAAAUCCAGGAGAUAUUUGAGUCAUUAAGAUUUCCACUAGCCAGGGAGUCAGCAUACUUUAAAGACUACCAAACAGACUUUCAACAAAUGCUUCAAGGGCAAACACCGGCCAUGAGUAUUAGUGGAUGGCUCGAAACCCUCACACUACAGCAAUAUGAGAACAUUAUGGUAGCCAAUGGGUUUGAUAAUCUUGAUUUCAUGGGUGGUGACAUCAUAGAAGACCAGGAUUUGAUAGACAUUGGAAUUCUUGAUGAUCAGCAUCGUAAUAUAAUAUUAUCUGCAACUAAGAACCUUCCCAGUAUUAAACCUAUGGGUAAUGGGGAGGAUGAUUCGCCAAUCCCAGACACACUGGAGGAAUGGCUUCGUAGUCUGCUGCUCACCGAUUACCUGGAAAAUUUUCUAGACUGCCAAAUUCUGACCAUGGACAGAGCUAGGCAACUAUGGGAAUUUGAAUUAGCAAAUGACUUAAAAAUCAACAUGGUUGGACACAGAAAAAGAAUUCUUGCAUCGCUAGGCAACAGCAGACAAUAUAAUUGUCAAAAUCCAGUAAACAGUAAUGAGAUACAGACAAAUAAAAACAUGGAUACAGAGAGCCAUUUAGAUAUACCAAGGGAUCUAAAUAUAGGAAUGCACUUACAAGAUGAUGGGAAUCAAAUGAACGUGCAUCAGUCCCCUUGUUUGGACAUUGACCUAUUUAAGGACUACUCAAAGGUUACCUCUUUGAAGAGGAAUUCUGCUCAAUCAGUCCCAGAAGUCCCUAGUAACCCAUCAUGCAAUACAAAUCGACCAUCAUCACAAGAAAUCUCACAAGUACAGAACACUAAUAUGGAAGUUGCUGAGAUUACGGACAAUGUACAAAAUGUUUCAGCUACAAAUGGACGUAGUAGUUUGGAACAGCUGCGAGAAGAAAACAUUUAUCAAGAAGUUUUACCGGUCAUUAGAGAAGUGAAUGAUAAUAUUCACCCACAAAAGAAUGGAAGAGUCCACCACAGUGCAAUGCAUGACAGAAGGUUGCCAACAUUACCUUCGGAGCAAAAGGCUAAGCAACAUAGUAACAAUAUACCAGACUGGAAACACAAGCCCGAGGUGCUAAUCAAGGGGUGUUGUAACUACACUGCUUAUUAUUUAGGAUCAACGUUAAUCAAGGAAGUGAAGGGAACAGAAUCGACACGAGAUGCUUGCGUUAAGUUGCGGAAGUCGGCCAAAAGUUUACAGAAGGUUCCCACCAUCACGUUAUCUAUCAACUACUUAGGUGUCAAAUUCAUCGACGCAAAAUCCAAGAUGGUAAUAACUGAACAUGAAAUCCGAAACAUCUCUUGUGCCGCCCAGGAUGCCAUUGACCUCAAAACAUUCGCAUACAUAACCAAGGACAGUCAGAGUGAUCGGCAUUAUUGUCAUGUCUUCAACGUUAAGAACGUGGAUGUUGCGACAGAGAUCAUCUUAACUCUUGGUCAAGCGUUUGAAAUUGCGUAUCAGAUGCUCCUACAAGCUCGACCUCUCAGCAUUGAGCAAAGGCUGUAAACCAUUCGACAUUUACAAAUGAGGAAUCAUUAAUGUUUAUACAGGGUUUUAAACUAUUAUUUGCUAUCAUGUGCAAUUUCCUAUGAAGGAUCUCUACUAUAAUUAUUAUAUAGAGAAGACAAAAAAUGAAACCAAUUUCUUGCAAUCAUUUGCUAUCUCUUUAUUAAUGUUUAGUGCUGGAUUGUUCGAAAGGUUUUCAAAACAUCAUGUGAAGAUAUUCUGGUAAUUAUGCGAUUGAAAAUACAAUAAGCCUUCGGGUUAUGAAUGCACUAUUCCUACGGAGUCCAUAGUACUGCAGAGGGUCACUGCGUGUCACCGACAAUACUCCUUUAGUCGUAUCAAUCUUACAAAUGUACAGUCAAGUGCAGAAAAUAUACAGCUUAGCAAUAGCGAUUACGCAGUAGCAUUUAUUGCGGAGAGGUAAUUACCGAGGAGCAGCCUUUAAAGCACUGCUGCCUACAACUUCUUAAAGCAACUCUUUUGUGGCCUAGAGUCAUUUUUUCAUUAGUUCAUAUGAAAAUCCAUAUUUUUUUUACAUGUUUAAAGUGAGCUCUCCAUUGUGCUAUUUUAAUGUUGUACAUAAUCUUUUUUUAAAUCUGUAUGCAUUUGCUAAUAGUUACAUUGUACUGUAUACUCAAGUUUAAUGACAGGUCAUCGGAGAGUAGCUUAAAGAAACGUGUCACGACGAAUGUAGGUUUACUGAUGUGUGUUUGAAUUCUAUUUGAGGAUGUAUGCAUAAUCCACACAGUAGAUAAUACCACAGGAUUGCACACGUCAGAUUGUAUUUAGAAAUACGAAAGUAGAUUUCCCACAUGAAAGAAAACUAUUCUUAUUAUCAAGUAAGAAUUUGUUAACAGGCAGUUGUUUAGCUCUGCUUUCUGGAGGUUAAUAUGAAUUAUAUAAGUCAGCUUUCCUAUGUUGGAUUGUCGGGGCUGUCAUGAGUGUUUUUGGGGUCCCAAGGGCAAACCAAUAACAGGGGUCUUUCAACUUCAACAUAAUGACCCUUUAUUUAUUUAUUUGUCUGUUUGUUAGCAUAAAUUUCAUUUUGAGGGCAAAGGCCUUCACCUUUUUGAGGCUGUUGUCCUUGCUUCUUCCUGGCUAGCCUGACAAUUUCCAACUAGCAACAAAAAAAAUUGCUUAUUAUUAGAAUUAUUGAUGCUUACAGGUGGUUUCCCUAAUGUACUUGAACCCAAAAUGUAGUGAAUCAUUGGGAGAGUGCCAAUAGACAUUCACUCUUAGAUGCAGUUGUAAGAGUAUAGAUAUGUAUAAGAGUAUGUUGUUUAAGAGACAUAAAGGCCAGUCGCUAAGACAGAAGUCAUCUAAAAGAGAAAUGAGUUUCAUCAAUCACUGACCCAUUACUCAGUCGGUUAGUGGACAGGUCACACAGUCGGGCAGCCGGUCAGUCGCCUAGAUGCGUACAUCUAUCUCACUGGAUGCCAUUUACUCUUCGUAGGGUUACGAUCUCUCUAAAAUAAUGAACAAUAACUACAUUAAUGUGAGGACAUUGUCUUGAACUUUGGAAACAACUGUUCAACAUCUGGAAAAUUAACAACCAAACUUCUAUUAAAGUUUACUCGAGGCUUUACAAAUGAAUAUUUGAAAAUGACAUCGCAAAGCCAUCAAAAGUCAGCGAACUGUUCAUUAAACUGAUUAACUUGUCAAUCUUGAAAUCCAUUUAUUACUCAGUUUUGAAUGUAUUUCAGUGAAUGAUACAUCAGCAUUGUAUUUGCGUAGCAUCUCACUCUGCUUCUGAUGGUUUGUUUAUAUUGAAAAUAUUGCAGACAAUUUUUUUUUUAAAUACAAAAUAAUGCAGUCAUAUGCUAAGUGCAUUUUCCCUGAAAGGUGAGGCAGUCGAUAUUUUCACUAAGAAUGUGAAAAAGAUUUUUUUUUUAUUUUAUUUUUUUUAACAAUAACAACUAUGUCUUUAUUUAUCGGAGUCUGUAUAAAUGUUACUUACUUUUUAAACAAAGCUUGAACUUUCUAUAGUAAUAAUUAUAUUCUAUAUUCAUCCGUCUAUGUAUUAGUAUAAACAUCCUUUUUGUGAUUGCAUAAUCAUAUAUAUUUAUUUAUAUUUUGUGGCAGCUUUGGAGUGCUUGCUAUCAAAACCCAACAUCCAAACCAUGCAAAUUUAAGGGAUUUUUCUUCUCAUGACUGAAAACAGCUCCACUUUUUAAGUCUUAGUGCGAGGCUUAAUUUAUAAAGCAUCAUUCCAUCAAGAAAUUUAAAGUAAAUACUGUAUGAGGCUUGCCAUCCCAAAAAUCAGCGUACUGUCACUAAAUGUUAAACUGAGUAAUUAGCAUAAGAAUGUGUCAGUAUUGUAUACUUUAAUACAGAGGAGCCAUAAUACUUUCACUCAAAUGUCAAAGAACAAAAAAUGUUUUUGUAAUUGGAUAAGAUAAUGCAUAUGUCUCAUAGGAUUGAAAUCAUAUGCAUAUAUGUUGUCAUAGGACAGGAAUCAUAUGUAAAUAUAGAAAUGUCAUAUUCUUGUCAUAUUGUAAUAUAGAAAUAAUAAUCUAUAUCUCAUUUAUGUUUGUCUGUGUCAAGAAAAAAAAAAGUAUAAACAAAUAGAAAUUAUAUGCAUAUAUGUCAUGUAUAGUAAGAUAUAGAAAAUAUAUGCAUAUAUGUAUAUACCUGUAUGGCAGAAUAUAGAUCAUAUGUUUACUAUACAAGAGAGUAACCCAAUGCAAUGAAUAGAUGAACAGAACCAUUUAUUGCAUAUAUAUGUGUAUACUCCUAUAUAUGUACAUGUGUCUGGUUGAUUUUUAAAGGUGCUUAAAUUUGCCUUGCUCCUUUUUCAUAACAUUUAAUCCUUUUCAAUAAUUAAUUGAAUAGCAUUGAAUAAUGAUGACUAUAUAUUUUAGACUUUAGAUAUAAGGUUUCAUACAUUUUUGCUGAUAAUAAUUCUUAUACAAAGAUUGUUCUUAUAAAAGACAAAGGUAAUUGAUUGAAAACAUUUUGUAUGCCAAAUGAAUGUUUGUAUAAUUCAAUAGUUUAAAUAUGACUAUUGAUGGUUUUAUAUUUCAAUUAAGGACUAGUACAUACUUUUUAAUUGCAAUGAACUUUUAUGAUGCAGUCAAUUUUCAUUUUCAUAUGUAUGUAUUAAUAAAAUUUGUCGUAAAGUGAUUUCAUUGGUCUAUUAAGCCCUCGGUUAUUUGAUUCAUUCAACGUUUAAUGCUGGCAAUACAUGUACAAAAACUUGCCAUAAUUCUAACAAAGCCAUGGACUAUAGUAUUUUAAAUUAAACUUUUUAAUAUAGAUUAAAUUGUAUAUAUUUUAUUAAGAAUUAUCCUAGACUUCUAAUUGGUCGCUGAACUAAUUGGUUAAUCUGUUACUUAUUAUGUAACCUGGCAGAAACGUUGUCUGUCACAUUUAAUCAAGUCAAGUUGGUUGAAAUAUCGCAACUGUUACAAAGUACUAUUGAAUUGAUUUGACCUGUGACCCUGAUAAAGGAAAUACUAAGACGACAUGAAUGUAUGUAAUCAGAAUCAAUUUGGUUUCAGAGUUUUGUAUCAAAUGCUGUUAAAUCAAUCAGCAUUUUAUGUACUGCAUAUUCAACCUGAGUAUUGCACUCUUUCUAUUUGUACAGUUAUUAAAAAGUACAGUAUUUGGAAUGAAAGGAAAA